AAACAAACACAUUUUAUCAUUUCAUAUUAUUAUCGGAGGUUAACCAACUUCUCUGAAAGAAAGUCUUCCCUCCAUAUCAUCUUCCUCCAAAUCCAUUCCUCUUCUGUCUCUGAAUCCAACAAUGAGUUACCCUCCUCCAGGUUACGGAUCGCCACCAUAUCAACACCAGCAUCAUCCACCACCGCCGGGAUACCCAUCAGCGCCGCCGCGUCCGCCGUACGAAGGAGGGUAUCAAGGGUAUUUCCACCCACCUCCACCGCCUCCCCAACCGAAUUACGACCACUGUCAUUACGAUCAUCACCAUCACCAUGACCACCACGACGGUUGCUUUUCCUUUCUGCGAGGCUGUUUCGCAGCGCUUUGUUGUUGUUGCCUGUUGGAGGAACUCUGCUGCUGCUGCCGCUGCUGCCUGUGAUUAUCGAGUCUUUAUUAGGCAGCAACCGCGUUUUCUUAACUCUUUGCUCUUCUUCUGGAGAAAGAAGUGCAUCCUAUGCUAUUUUAUAUACCACCUCGCGUAUUUUACACCUUAAUGUGGGGCGGUUUAUUGGGAAUUCUCUGUACUAUGUUCAUUUUUCUCAAUUUGCCUAAAAAGGAUUCAAUGUAAGGGAUACAUAUUUUGACA